GCGUCGUAUUGCUUUUCACUCAUCCACCAUUGCUGAGUUUGUCAAAGAAAGAAGAAAAUUAUCCACAAUUCUUUGAGGUAUAUGCAAAUUUCAUUCCACGUUGAAUUGCAAAAAUCAAUAAGUAAAAUAAUUAUAAAUUGCAAAAUAUUUUGAAAAAAACGAUAAUUGGAGAAUUGUUUUAUAAGAACCAAUAAGUGCAGAAACAAAAAGACAUCCAUUGAGCAAAAGCAUAAGCGCAGACUGCGCUACUUAUAUAGUGUAAAACCGUGAAAAACAGAUGAAAAUUAUGGCGGACUUGGACGCAGUACACUUAGGAUUAGAUGAAAAUGAAGCAGAUAUUGCAGAGGAACUACAAGAUUUCGACGAGUCUUUUGAUACACGUAGUGAAGCGUCAGAAUCUGGUUCGGAGUCUUCGGUCUCACAGCCUAGUAUUAGUUCUGUAAGUUCGGCUGCAUCGUCUAUUGGUGAAAAGCGUAAAAAUAAGACAAAGAAAAAAGCCACUAAAGAGAGUGAGAAAAAAGCGACGUCGAAGCGUUCAUCUUCGCCGGGGGUGGGAGCCGUGAACGGAAAGAAUUCUGCCGGUGGAAAGAAAAAACGUAGUAAUGAAGAAUCAUCACAUAAAGACACCGAAUCGUCAACUAAACCUUCAGAGAGUAAAGGUACAAGCAGUAAAGAAAAAAAAUCGCAAAAGAAAGCUAGCAGUUCUAGCAAAAACUCCACUGCUUCAGUAGCCAAUAGUAAUGGCCCUGCAAAUACAAGUAGUGGGUCUAUAUCGGCACACACCAACAUCAGUGGUAAUAAAAGUGAAGCCAGUGAUGCAGAAGAUAAGCCUACAACGAAAACUCCAUUUGAUAGUGAUUCAGAAUCAGAGGACUCUGAUUCAGCUGCAAAUAUAAAACGCAAUGGACGCAAGGCGAUAUCCAAGAGCGCUUCUCCCGAGAAGAAAACACAAAGUGGAUCAAAUACUAGUGGCAAAUCAUAUGAUUAUAUGACUAAACUGAACUACUUGUUUCGGGGUACUCAUUUCUUCCUUAUAAAAUCAAAUAAUGCCGAUAAUGUUGCUAUUGCAAAAACUAAAAAUGUUUGGGCUACAUUACCGCAAAAUGAAGCAAAUCUCAAUCAGGCUUUCAAGGAAUCGCGUAAUGUCUUGUUAAUCUUCUCCGUCAACGAAAGUGGAAAAUUUGCUGGAUUUGCUCGCAUGAGUUCUCAGUCGCGCAGAGAUCUUUCUCAUCCGGCAUGGGUUUUACCACCUAGCAUCUCCCCAAAAGCUCUCGGAGGUAUCAUUGAAUUGGAUUGGAUAUGUCGUAAGGAGCUGUCAUUCAACUGUACUUCUCACCUAUACAAUACGUGGAAUGAAAGUAAGCCAGUUAAAAUUGGACGGGAUGGUCAAGAAAUUGAACCCAAAGUUGGGUCAGAGCUAUGCCGCCUAUUCCCCGAAGAUGAGAAAAUCGAAAUGACACCCAUAUUGCGUAAAUCGAAAGAGACUGCUAAGAUGAUGCGUGAAAAGGGAAUUCGAGUCUCAUAUCGCCCACCGCGCAGUUUAUCUUCUCGUGGUAGUCGAGGUGGUGCUGGUGGUAGCAGUGGUUUCCCAAGCUACCGGCAAGGUGAUCGUCGUUCCGGUGGUAGUGGUGGCCCAAUGCGACAUAGGCGUACAUUUAGUUCUGGACCACAUCGUCCUUACAAACUUCCACCUCUAGGAAUGCCACCGGGUGGCGGCUUUAAACGCUCAACUUCACCAUACCGAAGUGGUGGUGGCGUUGGUGCAGGUGGAAGCGGUGGAUCACGCGCAGGUGGUGGUGAUACCGGCUUACCGUCGUGGGAUCGUUAUAUGAAUUCCGCGGAAGCAUACAUGGUUGACUACAUGCGCUCUAUGCAUGGACAACUUCCUCCAUUACCGUUCGUACCGCCAUUUGCGCAACUUCCAUUAUCUGCAUCAAGUUCGGGUGCCUUACCGCCACCAGGUCCACCAUCUAUGUACGACCAAUUACCUCCACCAGUACGUUACUACGAUGGGCCACCACUGCCAGAUUAUCCUCCACCGCAACCAAUCAGACCUCCACCACCUGGUUUUGAUAAAGCACCAUCUUAUGAAGACUUUGCAGCUUGGAAAAAUGCUGGCUUACCUACUUUACCAGAUGGAAUGCCACCAGGAUUCCCAAGCUUUGGCGGCAGUGCCGGAACGUCAGCUUCCAAUGGUGGUAACAAUGGUAUUGGGGGUUCCAGCUCUGUCGGGGGUGGUGGUAGUUUUUCAAGUUCUACUAAUGCUAUUAAUGCAGGCAACACAUCAGGUGGUCCGAACAGUUUUCGUAGCAGCAGCCAACGUUCCAACAAUUCAAAUAUGAUGCGUCCACGUGAACGAGCUGGAGGUCGCGACUAUCGUGGGCCCAGUGGCAGUGUAAGUGGUGGCUCCGGUUCGCGUAGCGGGGGAAACGACAGACAUUUCCGCGCUGGUGGUGGUAGCAGCGGUGGAGCGCGUAAUUACCGUGAUGGUAGACGCUAAACGAACAAUGUGACAAUAAAAAAAUAAUCAUACGCAACAAAGGUGUAAAGUGAAGUAUUUACGGGUAGGCGAUUACAAACGUCCCCCCAUUGUGAAUGCGAAUACAAGAAAAGAAAGCAAAAUGUAUGAAGGUUUUAAGAUGUGUGAAAAAGUGCGUCGAAAUUCUCUAAAAAAAAUUAAACAAAUAUCCUGAUAAUAAACAUCCUUAAAUGCACCCCGUAACCUCUUCGUGUUCGAACUCUGUAAUCGGAAUGAGUGUGUGUCGGAAAACGAGUGAGGUUUUGAGCUGCAUAAGAGUAACAUAUUAUUCGAGUGCGGCUAAUAAGAUCUUAAAUAUAAUGCUCUUUAAAUUACUUAAAACCGGUACAAGUGAUUACAAGUUUAGGCAAAAAAUUUAACAUACAAAGGGAUUUUAAAUUCCCCGAAAUAUAAAGUGUAUAUGUAUUAAAUCUUAAAAUGUCAUAUAGACAACGAUAGAAACAAGAAAAAAAAAAUGACGCAUAUGUUAAAUUACUUUUUAGUUGUUUUAUCAUUAACAACUAAUUUAGUCGAAACAUAUAUUUUCAGCAAUAAGUCAUUAAAAAUGAAAAAUCAUUCAUUUUUUUAAUUGGGAUUACAAGAGAAAAUCAAAAAAAAAAAAUAUUAAAAAAACAUUUUAUUUAUAUGAUGAUGAAAUCAAUGAACAGCCUAUAUUGCCGUUCUAACUCGAAUGCUAAAGUUUUUAAAUAUAAAUUGUAAUCUACUUCAGUUCUUAAUACUUCAUGGCAUUGUUUGAUAUUUACAUAUUUUAUAAAAAUGUCGUGCUUGCAGUCCCAAAUUCUAAAAAUGAUAUCAAUUAAAUGUAUUACUACAGUUUUGUUCGCAUAAAUUAUAAAAGAAAAGAUAUAUAUUAUUGACUAAAGUUAAUUUUAAAAAAGUACAUGAUUAAAUUAUAAAUAACACACUGUGUCGCUGUACAACAUAUGCAAUUCCAUAGCAAAAGGAAUGAAAAGUUGACAAACUCUUUUUCAAUUAUAAAUACAAUGCAUAUACAUAUAUAAUUUUAAAACAUAGUUAUAAUUAUACGUAUCGUAAAAAUAUAAAACCAACCAUACAUAUGUGAACUUUAUUUGCUGAACGAAGGCGGAGAGGUUGCAAUGUUUUCGAAAAUGAAAGAAAUCAUACGAACUGUUGUGAAAAUAUGGACUGCUUUGACCGGUUGAAAGAAAAGACGCUUACCCUUCUUACCCAUUACCCAUUAAAACUAUUUGAAAUAUCAGCUUUUCAAAUAAAGAAAAUGAGUGCUAACAGAAAAAUCAGUUACAUACAACUAAAUGAAAAUUUUGAAAAGAAAAAAGAAAAAGAAAUCGGAAGCAAAAGUGUGUGCAGUGUUUCAAAUGCAAGUUAUCCAACAAUAUACAUACAAUGGAAUAUUUCAACAUUCAGCUAGCGCAAAUUGAAGUGGCAAAAAAUAUAGUGUUUGUGUUGAGAAGAUUAUACAAAAUUAUUGCCAUACCUUAUUCUGCUGAAAUCACUUCCGCAUUCAAGAUAUUAACAAAGCCUAUUGGACACAACUAGUUAUUCAACAAUCUCAUGCUCCUAUUCAAACUCGAUUGGAGUGAAUGUGUCAAUCCCAUAAAGCAUAUACAUAUAUAUAAGAACUUUCCGCUUGGGUUUAGACAACAUAAAAAUGAAGUGCUUGAAAUGAAAAUCAGCGCGAUGUUUUUUCGUACUCAUUUUAACGAGUAAAGUGCAUAAAUAUGUCUAUCGGGAUUCGAGCGUAACGCUUUUGAGUCCUUUAUAGUUCCCGCAUUGCUUACAGCACAUAUCGCACCAUAAACCAUAUUUGCCUGGAACCAACUGUAUCUAUGCUUUCUAAUUAAAUUAAUUCUUGUCUUUCAGACCAAUGCAGACUUCUUAUGGGAAAAGCUGUUUGACUUUGACACUCCAGUGUCCUGCUUAAUGCAGUAAAAAUAAAAUAGAAACGUCUACUAAGUUCAUGGGACCGUAUAUUUCGCAGCAAAAAACAAAAAAAAAAAUCUUAGUGUUGUUAAAACAAAUCUAUUUUUCUACAAACAAAACCAAAUAACUUACAAAAUUGAUGCUCUGGAGAUGUGAAAUAAUCGUUUUAAGAGUGUUGCAUAAUAUGUUUUUUAUAAACUUGUGAUUUUUUUGGACAAGUGAUUAAUAUUUAAUAUUAUACUUUA